AUGCUGCUCGACAUCGUGCACCUGCUCUCUGAGCUCAAGGACGUCGUCGCCUUAGUGUCGGCACUGCCCGACCUACCGCCGGCCCUUCACGCGCUGCUCUCGCUCAGCCAGUCGAUGGACCUCACGCACCACUGGCCGUGCUUGUAUCUCGAAAACCUUCCUGUGCUGGUCAUUGACCUCGGCAUCGCUGCGCUGCCCGCCUUUCCGUACGUGUCCGUGGGGCCUGCCACCAAUCUUCGAUGGUUGGCGGCGCCACUGCCACGGCCGUCGCGCGUCCGGCUGUCGUUGAGGUCGCGCAAUGAUACGGCACUGGCGUUUGCGCGUGUUUGGGGUGACCGCGUCCGGGACGUCUCGGUCGCGACGAAGGAUGCAGAGUUCUCAGCUCACGUGCACGAGCUACUUGACUUGUGCCACUACAUCGAGAGCGCCAUGGUCCGCUUGUCCGAUCCAGCGAACGCAGCGCUCUGGAUGUCGGCGCUCACGCGACCAGCGUUUCCGUUGCGCUCGCUCAGCUUCGAAUUGACGCGCUACAGCUCCGGUCCGGUAGACGAUUGCAUGCCGCUCGCACGCGCACUCCUCGCAUCGCCGUCGCUGAGGACUCUCAUCCUCAAUGGUGUCGACGACGUUCACGCGGCUCUGGCUGCCUUGGACGGCGAUCUACAUAGCAUCAAGACGUUCCACUCGUCUAGCACGGCCCCUGAGGCGAAUGUCCAAUCGCUUCUGGACAAGCUGGACCCUGCUCGAGUCGUCAACCUACGCGUCUCGCAGAGCGUCGACAUCUCGCGCUUUCGUGCUCUUCGCAUCCUCAGUGUCCCGGACGACAAGCUGGAUCCCCGGCAUCUCGCUGCCGGCCGCUGUCCCGACCUGCACUACGCUGUCAUUUCCGAAAUUCCCGCCUCCGACAUGCCUAGCGUCGUUGCGUGGCUGAGCACGUCGCGAGUCCUCACCAACUUCCAGACGUGGACCAAGUCCGUGGACGAACGUGGCAUCGAGUCGAUCGCGCGCGCUUUGCCAGAAUGGCUCGCCCGAGGUCUGGAAGUGCUCAGUUUGUGUUUUGCUCCUCUGAGCAAGCAAGAGCUCUUGCUCGUAGCCCACGCAAUGACGGCAAAGCGUGACAACCAGAAACGCCUUGAGGUGUCGUUGGCCGUCACCAAGCGAGCGCUGGACCUCGAAGAAACGCGCGCACUUUUCACCGCCGUCGGCUCGUCCCCGAACGUCACAGUGACCGUCAAGAACGUCCUGAGCUACCCGCAAGGCGUGUUCCCAGAGCUGGCGGCGCAAGCUCGCAUAGAAACCGAUCGCUGGGGGCGAAAGUUAGUCAUAGACUUCAAGGCUAUGUCGUAA